ACAUUUCAGCUAAGCGCGACUGACAUUACCCAAGGAUAUGACAAUUUCCCUGGUCUAGCACCCGAAGUACCGUCACCCUCUGAACCUCUAGAUCGAUCAAUCACCCCAAACAAGACAGGUGCCGUGCACUGUCCACACAAGAUUACUUCCAGGAGUCCUCCGCCUGCAACCAUGGCGCUAAAACCUCGUUGUGCCUGUCAAUUUAUAGCAGCUCUGCUUGCUCUAGCGUCUGCAAGACUAUUGCAAAAUUCCGAAGCCGCCGCUGACGGCGCACGAAAUGGCAUUGGCAUGUACGGGAAGGUCCUGGAACCCACCCUUGACACGGUUCACAUGGAAGACCUGCCCGGAUUCACUCGCAGCGUAGUCGCUAGGGACCAUGCUCUGAUAACACCGGAAAGCCGAGUUUUCAGCCCGCUGCCUGGAUGGAAGAACACUCUCUCUGCGCAUCUGGUUACCCCUGCCAUCGGCGCACACUUCGCCAUGUCCCUGCUCCAGCUCUCAGGCAAUGCCUCCUCCGCCCCUCCGGUUGCUGGAGUGGAGAGGUUUGUGUUUGUGGUGUCGGGACAGGUCACCUUCACGCAGCUGGAGACUCAAGAAGAGGCGCCCAAUGAGUGCGCGACAGCUGUCAAUGCUGGGAGCACCUGCACAGGCACCAUUGUUCAGCAGGAAGACCUUACGGAUGACUCGUAUGUGUAUCUGCCACCAAGUACGCCUCACUUCUUGGCCUCUGCAUCUGGAGCUACGCUUGUGCUGAUUGAGCGAAGGUACUGCCCUAUCACAGGCUUUGGUGUAGCUUCAGAGGUGGCGAGCGGUGCAGAGGGGCCAGCGGUGGUGGUGGGGCAGACGCACAGGCAACCCGUCCUGCUUGUCCCUGGAGAGGUGUUUGUGCUUCGCAAGCUGCUUCCCACCACCACUGCAUAUGACUUCAACAUUCAUAUAAUGGACUUUGAGCCGGGGGAGUUUCUGACUGUGAAGGAGGUGCACUACAACCAGCAUGGCCUGCUGCUGUUGGAGGGUCGGGGAAUUUACCGUCUGGCUGAUAGCUGGUAUCCUGUGCAAGCAGGCGAUGCCAUCUGGAUGGCUCCUUUUGUUCCGCAAUGGUAUGCUGCACUUGGAAAGACCCGGUCAAGAUAUAUCCUUUACAAGGAUGUCAACCGUAACCCGCUGCUCCAUCCAUCGUGUUGAUAUGCCAUCAAAUGAACUUUAUGAGAUGAUAUGUGAGUCAAAUCGAAAGGUUUCUUGCCCAUGCCGAAAUGGUGUUUGCGCCCUUCCCCUAUCCUAGGUGGGAUAAUGGGUGUCAUUUGAGAGAAAUAAAUAAUGGGGGUGAAAACCGUACGGGCCUCGUUUUGCAGCAGAAAUAUUGACCAAAUUGCAACUCGUGUUGAAAUCCACAAAUUAGAUAUUUUAGGGAAAUGAGCAAAUCCGUGAUGUUCAUAG